AUGGAUUUGGUUAAUAAUGCGGAUAGUGCAGUUCAAUCUUAUUGGACUAAUAUACAUAAUGAUCAAAUUCAUGCUCCUCCAAAAUUUAAAGGGUUUAAUUAUAAACCUUCAGCAUCAUCAGCAAUAAUACUAUCAUUAUCAUUAUCAGUAGCAGCAGUAACGCCAAUAUCAGCAGUAGCAAAAUCAAUAUCGUUAUCAUCAUUAUUAUCAUCAGCUGCAGUACUAAUAUUAGCAGUAGCGCUAUCAUCAUCAUCAGUAGUAGCACUAAUACCAGUAGCACUAUUAUCAUCGUCAGUAGCAGU